AUCUCUCCCCCUUUUCUCUCUUGGUCGUCUUCGGAUCUAUCUAGUCCCUGAGCCGUCGAGGCUAGGGUUUCACCGAAGAAAACACGUUUCUUCCCUUCCAGAAACGAAGCUCUGCGUCCCUCUCAGGGGUUCCUUCCCUCUAUCUCGCUCUCGGUCCUCACCGCCGGCCACUUGCAGUUCCUUUACCACCAUCACCGGCCUGUGGCAGUGUUCGGUGGCGUCCGGCAGUUUCCAGCCACCGGUGAGUCCGUCCAUCUGGAAAAUCAAAGAGUUCUGUUGCUGCUGUGUUUCUUAGCUUUCUUGCAUUGGCAAAGAUGUUAUCUUUAAAGGAACUGCUUCCUCCAGCUAAAUCGUCCACUCCGGCUACCUAUGAUUUCUCUUCUGAUCCAUGGUUCAAGGAUCGGUUUGACCCAGCAUCGAAGCCCGAUUCCUCUAUCCAUUCAGUGAAGGCCAAGCAGAUCCCACCAUAUGGUAAGCGUGCUGGAUUCGUCCCACGGAAGCCUGAGGAUUUUGGGGAUGGCGGUGCCUUUCCUGAGAUCCAUGUUGCUCAAUAUCCUCUUGAUAUGGGCAGGCGGGAGCCUAAACCAGAUGCAAAGACCUUGCCCGUCAAUGUUGAUGCCGAAGGCAAUGUUGCCUAUGAUGCUGUUGUGAAGCAGAAUGAGAAUGCGUCCAAAAUUGUCUACUCUCAGCAUAAGGAUCUCCUUCCCAAGCUCCCAGGUGAGGGUGGAGGCUUGGAAGCUGCAGAGAAUGAAGAAGAGGAAGAUGAGUUGAUCCAGAAGACAACUCAAAGGACAAAAGAGGCACUUGAGAAGAUUGUCAAUGUUCGGUUGAGUGCUGCCCAACCAAAGAAUGUACCAGUACAGUCCUCUGAUCCAACAUUUAUCAAAUACAAGCCAUCCCAACAAUCGGCUGCGUUUAAUUCCGGUGCCAAGGAAAGGAUUAUCCGGAUGGUGGAAAUGCCAGUUGACCCUCUAGAGCCACCCAAGUUUAAGCACAAGAGGGUUCCAAAGGCAUCUGGUUCUCCACCUGUGCCGGUCCUCCAUUCACCACCUCGUCCAGUCACUGUAAAGGACCAACAAGAUUGGAAGAUACCACCUUGCAUUUCUAACUGGAAAAACCCCAAAGGUUACACGAUUCCACUUGAUAAACGUUUGGCUGCAGAUGGCAGAGGGUUGCAGGAAGUUCAGAUCAAUGACAACUUUGCUAAACUAUCUGAGGCUUUAUAUGUUGCUGAACAGAAGGCCAGGGAGGCUGUUGAGAUGCGGUCGAAAAUACAGAGGGAACUCUUACUAAAGGAGAAGGAUAAGAAGGAGCAGGAACUGCGUGCUUUGGCUCAGAAGGCUCGCUUGGAGAGGACGGGUGCUGGUCCUGUAGAGAAGCCAGGAGUUGAUGCUUCAGAGCGGAUGGCAUCUGUUGCCGCUCCCUCUAGUAGUGGUGGUGAAAGGCGGGUAGAAACUGAAAGGUUGAAGGAGAAUCCAAGAGAGACAAAGGAGGAAAGGGAAGAGCGGUUGAAGCGUGAAGCUAUUCGUGAGGAGAGAAGGCGUGAGAGGGAGAGGGAGAGAAGGCUGGAAGCUAAGGAUAUUGCCAUGGGAAAGAAGAGUAAGAUCACCAGAGACAAGGAUCGUGAUAUUAGUGAGAAGGUUGCUCUUGGAAUGGCAAAUGUUGGUGCUGGAAGAACGGGAGAAGUCAUGUAUGAUCAAAGGCUCUUUAACCAGGAGAAAGGAAUGGACUCUGGGUUUGCAACAGAUGAUCAAUACAAUAUAUAUGACAAGGGUCUAUUUAAUGCACAGCCCACUUUGUCUAGUCUGUACAGGCCCAAGAAGGAUGUAGAUGCGGAUAUGUACGGUGGUGGGGAUGAGCAACUGGAUAAGAUUCUCAAAACUGAACGUUUCAAGCCAGAUAAAAGUUUUGCGGGUACCAGUGAAAGGGCAGGACCUAGGGAUAGGCCUGUUGAGUUUGAAAAGGAUGCAGAAGAAGCGGAUCCUUUUGGUCUGGACCAGUUCUUGACAGAGGUGAAGAAGGGUAAGAAGGCAAUGGAUAAAAUUGGUGGUGGGGGCACAAUGAAAGCCAGUGCUGGCUCUGCAAUGAGGGAAAGUUAUGAAGGAGGGUCUAGCAGAACCAGGAUUGCUUUCGAAAAGGGCAGCAGGUGAGGAUUUGCCAGACCCAUCUAUCAAGUAAUCUGUAUUUUCGGUUCUCAGUGAGGUUGAGGGGGUGCUUGUUUCUGAGAAUGGACGGAGAAAUGAAAAUAGGAGUUGCGAAUCAAUCCUUUUGCUGGCAAAACACGAAUAAAACAAAAACGAGAUUCAAGGGAAAAUGAAGGGGCCUCAUGGAGUACUUUUCGUUCAAGCUCAACUAUUUGUUUGUCAUGGAUCGGCUCUUAAACCAGUCUUUUGAUUGGUCAACAGUAACUUUUGUGUAUUGAUAUGUAUGGAAUAUGGCUAAGCGGAUUGUGGAAUGCGCUGCUAAUUUGAUAGUAAUUCAUGUUUGAUGCCAUCCCAUCGAUCUAUGUGAAAACUAGAAGAAGCUGCUGUGAACUGCGUAUGCUUACACACGAUGUUCUCACUGCCGCUGGAGAGAAGGUUCAAGGUACUGAAGAACUUGCUGUUGUAAAAGCUCUCUUCUAGUUGUAAACUUCUUGUUUUGGGGCAAUAUGUCAGGUUCAUUAUGUUGGUUUAUUUGUUAAA